AUGAUAAUCACACCUACUUCUACAGCUAAUGGAAAAAUCAAUGAGAACAUGACAACCAUUUCAUCGCUUCUCGCCAUUCUCCUCACGUUAACUCUCCCUGCUCGCCGUCGCCUCCCCUGUGAAGCCACCUGUCGGAGACCUUGGAUAGCCGCAACUCCGUCGCACCCAACCCCAGUUUCAAAAACAGAGAUAAUGGCGACACAGUCACAUGCCCAGGCAGUUAAGUCUUUGAACAAGGGAGCUGGAAGAAGACGCUUUGUGUUCAAGACAUUCUCUCAACGAAUUGAAGAUAUUGAUGUUGAUGUUUUUCGAAGUCUUGAUCCCCUCAAGCCUGAACCCUCUGAAGGCUCAUCUUUUUUCCGCGAUUGCCUUGUUGAAUGGAGGGAACUUAACACGGCUGAGGAUUUUAUAUCGUUUUAUGAGGAAAUGCUGCCAUUGGUACAAACAUUACCACAGAUCAUCUUACAGAAGGAGCUUAUACUUUCACAACUUCUUUCUAGAUUGGAUAUGAAAGGGAGGUUAUCUCUAGAACCUAUCCUCAGGUUAAUUGCUGCGUUAUCUCGGGAUAUCUUGGAGGACUUUAUACCCUUUCUGCAAAGGGUUGCAGAUUCCAUGGUUUUGCUUCUCAGUAGUGGUGCUGAUAGGGAAUCAGAAAUAAUUGAGCAGAUUUUUACAUCCUGGUCAUGCAUUAUGAUGUAUCUACAGAAAUAUUUAAUGAGAGAUGUUGUCCAUGUCCUCAAAGUUACAACUAAAAUGAGGUUCUAUCCGAAAGAUUACAUUCAGGAAUUUAUGGCCGAAGCUGCAUCUUUUUUGUUGAGGAAUGCACCUAUUGAGCAGCUUAACAGAGGUAUCAAGAAGAUCAUCUCAGAAGUGGUGUCAAAACCAUUGGAAGCUAGAAAGUCUGGAGCCAGUGCUUUGUUGUUUUAUGUCAUGAAAGGAUUUUCAUCAAAGCUGCAUUCCAGAGCUGAAAAAGUGAUUCGGUUAUUGCUUCACAGUGAAAUUAUUGAAAGUGGUGGCAAAGACUCUGAAGGGUCGAAUCCAGUUGUUGAAGUUUUGAUCACAGUCUUUCAACGGUUAUGUGAAGAGCUGCAUCCUUCAGAGUUGAAAUUUUUGUUGCAAUGUGAAAGAGAGGAAAUAUAUAAAUCCAUUUCUAGUGGACACUCACUUCAUUUAACUCAUCUUUUGUCCCUGUUUGUUUCCACUAUGGAAAUUGAUAAUGUGCACAAGAUAAUAGAAUUCGAACCAGUGCUUGAGCUAGCUAAAUUACUUAUCGAGACUUUUAUCUUGCUGAAGAAAGACGAAUCCUCUGAAUUAAUUGACAAAAUUCUGCAGCUUUUGAUUUGCAUUCUUGAUGGUCUUCAUACUGGUAAUCAUGUCACAGCUCUUACUGAAUUGUCCACACAAUGGGCUCCUAUAUUUGAGAUGAGAAAUAAGAGUUUUUUAAGCUUCAUUAAGAAGCUUUUCUCAAAAGACCCCUCCAUACUCCAGACUUUCAGAACUAGUAUCAUAAGUGUGUUGACUGAUUUAAUUUCGACUAUGGAGGAUGAAGCUAUGUACAUGUUUAUCAAGUUCUUUGAGAAACUACAAUCAUUAAAAAGUUGUCUAUUGGAAGAGAAACCCAGAGAGGAAAUUUCAAGACUUUGUAUUUUUCUCAAGGAACAAAUCACUUGCUGGAUUGGGAAGAUUAAUGAUGCUGCACAUAAAGAUCCAUCUUGUGUGGAGUUUAGUGGGACAGAUUUAGGUCAAAUGUGGGGAACUGUUACAUGUUAUUCUUACAUGGAAGAUUUCCAAGCUAAUCCGUCAUUACUUAUGGACUUUGUAGAAGCCAUUGACCGACUUUUGAUGGUCAACUCUGAGACAAUUGGGGAAUUGCCUAGAAGGACCUGGGAAACCCUAAUUGGAGCUGGCUUAGUUUCUUAUCAGAAAUUGGGCUUCAGUCAACUACCAGUGGAUAAAUUCUUGUAUUUUGCUAAAAAAUACAAAUCUUCCAUCCAUAUAUUGUCUGCUGUUGCUGAUUUUUUGGAUUCAUUUGAUGCGUCCACCACUCUAGCAGAUGGAAAGUAUCAUCCAGAGUUAGAGAAGGGCAAAACUGUCGAUGCGUUUGAUAUAUUUUCUGAAAAUUUAUGUCACUCUGACAAACGAAUCCGUCUUUUCACCCUUAGAAUCUUAUGCCACUAUGAAUCUCUGACUUCUGAGAGUAUGAUGAUUGAUGAUGUUCAGAGUGAAAACGUUCUUCAUUCAUUGCUUGCGAUUGAAGCAACUUCUCUUUCUAUAGCUACUAGUAGGAAAGUUAUUCUAUUUAUAACAAAGAUACAAAUGGAUCUCUCUGCUGAAAGGAUACACAAUGCUUAUAUACCCCUUGUUUUCAAUGCUAUUAUUGGCAUAUACCACAACCAGUUCAAUUAUCUAUGGAAUCCAGCUAUGGAAUGCUUUGCUGUUUUAGUUAGCAAGUAUAAUAAGCUGGUGUGGGAUUUAUGCAUGAAGUAUCUAGAAAAAUCAGUGUCCAACUUCAUAUCACAUCAAGAACAUUCUAGAGACAACACCGAAUUACCCGAAAAUCCUGAUGAUCUGCUUACGUGUUUCAACGCAUUUGUGGGCCCUUCUUUUGAUGACCUGGCAUCCCCAACUGUUUUGUCAUUGUUGAUCAAGUCUUUACAAUUAGUAUCAGCUGUUGUGGAAUCAAAGUCACGUCAAGUUAUACCUUUGUUCUUAAAAUUUUUGGGCUAUGAGGUUGAUGAUCUGUCAAGUGUGAGAUCAUAUAAUUUGGAAGCUUCUAAAGGAAAAAGUUGGAAGGGUGUUCUUGAAGAAUGGUUAAACUUGCUAAAAUCAUUGCACAAUCCAAAGUCUUUCUAUAGGAGCCAAUUUCUCAAGGAGGUUUUACAAUAUAGGUUGCUAGAUGAGAAUGAACCUGAAUUGCAGUUGAAGGUUCUUGAUUGCCUGUUGAAUUGGAAAGAUGAAUAUCUACUCUCAUAUGGUCAACAUCUGAGAAAUCUGGUCAACCCCAAGACUCUGAGAGAUGAACUCACAAGAUGGAGUUUAUCUAGGGAAUCUGAGUUAGUUAGUGAAAAACACAGAGAUUCUCUUGUGCCACUUGUCAUUCGUAUUCUUGUCCCAAAAGUGAGGAAGUUGAAAACACUUGCUUCUAGAAAGGCUGCAAGCAUGCACCACAGGAAAGCAGUUAUUGGGUUUCUAGCUGAGCUUGACAUCAAUGAGCUUCCUCUAUUUUUUGCUUUGUUAAUAAAGCCCUUACAAACAGGCUCAUCAGGUGUUGAUGAGGUGGAUGAGUUGCUUUGGAGUACACCAAAAGCUUCUGCUAAUUUUGAUUCUUCGGGUGUUUUGAAACAUUUUACAAUGGAUAACAUCAAGUCACUAUCUUCAAAGAAAAUAUAUGGGUUUUUACAUGUGACUGAAGAAAUUCUUGGAGUUUUUGACGAGUCACGUAUAAAACCUGUUCUUGACACAUUAAUGGGAAGUGUUGUUCGCAUAUUAGCCAGCUGUGCAGGAAGUAUGGAGGGGAUUAAGGAGGAGGAAAGUGGAGCAGAAAAGCAAGCCAUGACGAGUUUGGCCCCUAAACACUUCAAAGAUUUAAGAUCUUUAUGCCUAAAAAUCAUAUCUUUGGUACUGAAUAAAUUUGAGAACCAUGAUUUCAGUUUGGAAUUCUGGGACAUCUUUUUUUCAGCUUUAAAACCUUUAAUUGAUGGUUUCAAGCAAGAAGGAGCCAGCAGUGAUAAGCCAAGUUCACUCUUUGUUUGCUUUGUUGCUAUGAGUAGAAGCCCAAAACUCGUGUCACUUUUUCACAGAGCAAAGAAUCUUGUCCCUGAUAUAUUCUCAAUUCUAACAGUCACAACAGCAUCAGAAGCCAUUAUAUCAUGUGUUCUUAGAUUCAUUGAGAAUCUUCUUAAUCUUGACAUUGAAGUGGAAAGUAGUGAUACUGAUGUGAAAGGAAUUCUUCUUCCUAACAUCGAUACACUUGUCUGCAGCUUGCAUCACCUUUUCACAUCCAAAACUACCAACAGAAAAUCACUCAAAUAUCCUGGGGGAAGAGAGCUUAACAUUUUCAAGCUACUGCCUGAUUACAUCAAUCAUCCUUCACUUGGGAAAAAAUUUGUUGAUAUUUUGCUUCCAUCUUUGACCAAGAAACAUCAUGACUGGGAUUCAUGUGUGGAGACUUUGCGUGUCAUUCAGAAAAUGGUACCAAUGUUGGGAAAUGAAGGCAGUUCAAGAAUCUUGAAAACUAUUUCUCCACUUCUUAUUCAUGCUACCACAGAGGUUCGGUUGGCUAUUUGUGAUAUCCUUGAUGCCCUUUCUGAAAGUGACCCUUCUGUACUCAGUGUGGCAAAACUUCUUAGGGAAUUCAAUGCUGUAUCUCCCAUGGAGCUAGAUGUUCUUGAUUAUGAUGUCAUAAUUGGUGCUUAUGAGAAAAUCAACAUUGAAUUCUUCUGCAAUGCUCAAGCAGAUCAAUCACUAGCUAUCUUAUCACAUUGUGUACAUGACAUGUCAUCUCAAGACUUGCUUUUGAGAGACAGUGCAUAUAGGCUUUUGCUUAUGUUUCUUGAUUUCUGUGAAAAGAUCCUCAAUGGUGAUUUGGAAACUAACAUGGGGAAGUGGUCUGAAGCAUCCAUUCAGAACAUUGUGAAUUACUUCUUUCUAAAGUACAUGGGGGAAGCCAUGGACAAAGAAACUUCUGUUAAAAAGGUGUGGAUGGAUUUACUAAGAGAGAUGGUGUUGAAGCUUCCUAAUGUGUUUAACCUAGAAUCAUAUCAAGCCCUUCGUAGUGAAGAUGCAGAAAAGGACUUCUUUAACAAUAUCGUUCACUUACAGAAACAUAGGAGGGCAAGGGCGUUAUCGCGAUUAAGUGGGGUUGUUCAAUCUAGCCAUUUAUCAGAUGUAGUUACAAACAAAGUUCUAGUCCCUCUCUUAUUCAAUAUGUUACUUGAAGUAAAAGAUGGAAAAGGAGAACAUCUUAGAAACUCCUGCAUUGAAGCUCUUGCAUCUGUUUCUGGUUCCAUGGAAUGGAAACAAUACUAUGCACUUUUGAACAGAUGCUUUCGAGAGCUUAAACUGAAACAAGACAAACAGAAGCUUUUCUUACGACUUAUUUGUGCUAUUCUAGAUCACUAUCAUUUUUCAGCUGAUGAAGAUCAUCAUUCUGAUAUACAAAGCUGUCUUCAAGAAAACGUUCUUCCCAAAAUACACAAGUUGUUGACUUUUGAUACUGAUAAAGUCAAUGUCAAUAUAAGUCUUGUAGCACUCAAGCUGUUGAAACUACUUCCUGGAAACAUAUUGGAGCUUCAACUUCCAACUAUACUCCACCGUGUUUCGAAUUUUUUAAAAGAUCGUUUAGAUAGUGUUCGUGAUGAAGCAAGAUCUGCUCUUUCUGCUUGUUUGAAGGAAUUAGGGUUAGAAUAUCUUCAGUUCAUGGUCAACAUCUUGAGGUCAACCUUAAAAAGAGGAUUUGAGCUUCAUGUUCUUGGAUAUACACUCAACUUCAUACUCUCAAAAAGCUUAUCGGGUCCCGUUUCCGGGAAAUUGGAUUAUUGUUUAGAGGAGAUUCUUUCUGUUGCUGAAAAUGACAUUCUUGGUGAUGUUUCUGAAGAGAAAGACGUUGAACAGAUUGCUUCAAAAAUGAAGGAGACAAGAAAAAAGAAGUCAUUUGAGACCCUAAAGCUGAUUGCUCAAAGCAUCACGUUCAAAACCCACGCCUUGAAGCUGAUGUCACCUGUGACACGUCAUCUACAGAAACAGUUGACCCCAAAAUUGAAGUCAAAAUUGGAAACCAUGUUGCAACAUAUAGCUUCAGGCAUUGAAUGUAACCCAACUGUAAACCACAAAGACAUUCUUAUAUUCGUUUAUGGCCUCAUUGACGAUGGUUUGAAGGGAAAUUCAAAUGCUGAUGUCAGCAGUACAAAAAGUACACGGGGUGGCCCACAAUGUUCCCAUCUCAUUACAAUAUUUGCUCUUGGUAUUCUCCAUAAUCGAAUCAAGAAAAUGAAACUUAAAGAAAAUGAAGAGGAAGUGUUAUCAUUGUUAGACCCUUUUGUUGGAUUGUUAUGCAGUUGCUUAAGCUCUAAGUAUGAAGAUAUUACAUCUACAGCUAUUCGAUGUCUCUCACUUGUUGUGAAAAUCCCUCUUCCAUCUCUUCAUUCACAAGCAGAUAAUAUAAAAACUGCACUUUUUGUGAUCCUUCAUGGCUCUGUGAAUGCAAGCAGCCCAUUGGCUGAAUCUUGCAUGAGGCUUUUGACUGUGCUUUUGAAAAGUACAAGUAUCACACUUUCUUCUGACCAAAUGCAUAUGCUGCUUCAGUUUCCACUCUUUGUUGAUCUUGAAAGAAACCCUUCUUUUGUUGCACUUUCUUUAUUGAAGGCGAUUGUGAAUAGAAAAGUUGUGGUUCCUGAGAUAUAUGAUCUUGCUAAACAAGUUGCAGAGUUAAUGGUGACAAGUCAAGUGGAACCAGUUCGCAAGAAAUGCAGUCAGAUUUUCUUACAGUUUUUGCUCGAUUAUUCACUUUCACAGAAACGAUUGCAACAGCAUCUUGACUUCUUGCUUUCAAAUCUAAGGUAUGAGCAUUCGACUGGAAGAGAAGCUGUGCUUGAAAUGCUUCAUGCUAUUAUCAUGAAGUUUCCACCACAAGUUGUGAAUGAGCAAUCACAGACUCUAUUUCUUCAACUGGUUGUUUGUUUAGUGAAUGAUUCUGAGAAAAAAGUCAGGUUGAUGACUGGAGCUGCUAUAAAGCUUUUGAUUGGUCGUGUGGGCCCACAAAGUCUUCAUUCUAUUUUGGAGUACACUUUGUCUUGGUAUUCAGGAGAGAAACAGGGUUUAUGGAGUGCUGCAGCACAGGUGUUGGGAUUAUUAGUGGAGGUAAUGAAGAAAGGGUUUGUGAAACAUAUUGAUGUUAUUUUUCCAGUAAUGAGACGCAUAUUUCCAUCAGCUGUCAACAUCUUGAAAAAUGAUGAUCAUCAUCAAGAUCCUUCAACAGUUCCCCUAUGGAAAGAAGCUUACUAUUCACUCGUUCUGUUUGAGAAGAUUCUAGUUCAAUUUCCAGAGUUAUGCUUAGGGAAAGAUCUUGAGGACAUAUGGGAAAUAAUCUGCGAGUUGUUGCUGCAUCCACACAUUUGGCUAAGAAACAUCUCAAAUCGCCUAAUAGCAUUCUACUUCACAACACUAACAGAGGCCAAUAGAAAAAAUAAUGAAAAAUGGAUUGGAGAUUUUUUCUUAAUGAGACCGAGUCGACUCUUUCUACUUUCUGUCUCUUUCUGCUCUCAACUAAAAGCAUCACUCACUGAUGACUCAGCCAACAACUAUCUCAGACACAAUAUUGUUUUUGCAAUUCUUGGAUUGCAUUCGAUUUUGAGUCAACAAAAGGAGGCUCAAGUAUUUUGGUCAACUCUUCAACAGAAGGAUGAAGAGAUUCUUAUAAAAGCUUUUAUGAUUCUUGAUCCAAGAAAGGGGAGAAGUAUGUUUGCUUCUAUUGCUUCUGGUCUUGAUGGUUGUAGUGAUGUGGAGAACUGUGAGCUUCUUUGCUAUUUGCUUAUCUCCUCUUUGCUUAAAAAGAUGGGAAAAAUUGCACUUGAUAUGGAGGAAGUUCAGAUGAGAAUUGUCUUUGAUAGUUUUAGACAAAUAUCACCAAAAAUCCUCAAGAACAUUGAAAUUCUAGAACAAUCUGACAAAAAAGAUGGUGGAACUUAUGCUUAUCAAGUGCUGCUUCCUUUAUACAAAAUCUGCGAAGGAUUUGCUGGGAAGGUUAUUUCAGAUGAAGUGAAGCAGUUUGCACAAGAGGUGAGAGAUAGCAUAAGGGAUGCAAUUGGGGUGCAGAAUUUUGUACAAGUGUACAGCAUGGCAAGGAAGAAUUUGAAGGCGAAAAGGGAUAAGAGAAGACAAAGUGAAAAAGUGAUGGCUGUUGUUAAUCCUAUGAGGAAUGCCAAGAGGAAGCUUAGAAUUGCAGCCAAACAUAAAGAGAACAAGAAAAGGAAAAUAAUGACAAUGAAGUUUGGAAGAUGGAUGCAGUAAUUAAUUAAUUAAUUUAUUAGUAAACACAAUUUUGAAGGUUUUGUAGGGUAUGAGGAGCAAUUGUAAAUGUUCAAGGAU